GCACGGGGGGGUCUCUUCCUAUAUAAAGGUAUAUACAUAUGUGCCGCUGGAAUGGGUCCCUUUUUUGAUCCGUCAAAUAUAUCAAUGGGGUGCAAUUUUACCGAGGAAUUAUAUCAAUAGGUAGUAAUUGACCGAUUGUGAUAUAUCAAUGGGUCAUAAAUUUCAGUUUGUUGUGCAACGAUCUUCACUGAAUUUCCCAAACUCUUUGUCAUUAAAAUUUCCACAUCUGCUGAAACUUAUUUACACAAGUUUUGAUAUUGAUUAAAUUUAAUUACACUGUCACAAUUAAUAAUCUUCAGUAAAUUACCCAGAAGAUAUCGAACCUUUUGCACUAGUUGCGUCACACAUCGAUUUAUUUGCACUUAAUUUGUUGCGUCUAUUCUCAUUGACAUUGUGUGUCUUGCUUAAUCACUUUUAAUUUGUUGAAAGAAUUUGUCAUUAUUUGAUUGCCAAAAUGAAAGACAUACGAAGCAUUGACAGAGGGAAAUGUUUAAAUUGUCAUGAAUGUGAGGAAUUUACUGGAACUGUAAGAUGUGAUUAUUGUGACUGUGUAGCUGCAAAACACAUUCGAAAACAAGAGGAGGAAGCUAUAACGGAAGAUGAAUCAAACAAACAUUUCAAAUUGGACACUUUGGAACAUAGUGGUCAUAGUGAUGUAGGAUUAACAUCACUGACGAGUGGGAUCGAGAAUUUAGAAGAAAACUGCGUAGAAGAAGUUUCAAAUGUUAAUGAUAGCAUUUUCCAUGAUGGGAUUUCAAGAUUGGAGAGUCUUAUUAGUGAACUAGAGAAAGAAGAAAAUGAAAAAUUCAAUGUAAGCUGUAAAUUUAAAGUUGUUGAGGAAGAUGGAAAAUCUAUGUUUUCUUGCUCUCUUUGCAACAAAAAUUACAAGUUGGGAGAUUUUGGAAAGAAAAUCCAAAAUGUUAAAUUUCAUGCCAGUUCAAGGGGACAUUUGGCAAAUGUUUAUGCAGUUGGGAUGAACGAGGAAAUUGAUUCAACCAUCAAAACUAUGUUUGAUGCCAUUGAAAUGGAACUUGGCAAAGGAAUUUUUCUUCUUAAUCGAAAGAAUGCACAUUGUCGCUGCUGCAAAAUUGACAUAAACUUGGGAUGCAGAGGAAAUCCUGUCCAGAGAGCCAGGGAACAUGCAAACAGCAGAGACCAUAAGGAACGACAGGCUAAGUUUCAGACUAACAAAACUAGAGACAUUGCAAGCUUUUUCAUUAAAGGUAACUUGAAUGAAGAGAAAACCAGUUGACUAGAUGUGACAAAGUGUCAAGGAUAUUAUUUAAAUAAUACAACAUAUAUCAUGGCAUCAGGAGAGGAACAGUCUUUCAAUGUUAAAUUAUUAAUCAAUGACGUUAAAGUAGGAGAAGACGACAGCAAAACAAGCUGGUAUCCUUUGCCGUUUGUAACUGUUAAUUUAAAGAAACAUACAACAGAAUUUAAAGGAACAUUUAAGCAUGUUAAAUGUACUGGUUAUGUGAUGAAAGAAGGAAACAUAUGUGAGCUGUGCAAAGGUAUACCUACUUUGCCAUCCUUCAAAAAGAGGUUACUCUUACGUACUCUCAACGUAAAUGAUGGGAACAGGGACUUAACAAAGGUUCGUUUUGAUUACAUGACUAAAACAGAACAACUUAAUUUACUUCAAAAGAAAUCUGAAGAACUUAAAAAGUGUCGUUCAGAUGCAUUUUUUCUUAAAAGCAAACACAUUCGAUUAAAAUUACGUACAAGAACACUUAGAGAGAAAUUGACAGAAUUUAGUUCAAGAGGUGACAUUAAGGCAAUUUGCCAUAAGCUAGUAAAAGCUGAGGAAAAGGGAAUUUUAGACAACAAAAAUGUUUUCCUUGAAACAAUUGAAUCGAUUGCCAACAAUUUCCAUGUGCAAGGACCGCACGGGAAACGAUAUAAGUCUAGUACACGAAAAUUUUUCGAAGCACUGUUAAUCAUGGGAGGUCCGAAACUGGCAAACUUUGUUGCAAUUAACUUGGAAGGGCCAAAUCUGAAUACCAUGUAUCGAUGGCGGAAAUUGCACACUUUCGAAAUGGCUCCUGGAAUACAAGAAAAAAACUUUGUUUACUAUUCAAAACUAGUAAAGGGUAUUAUGGAAAUUUACAAAAUACCACGAACUCCUGUUUUAGCGGCAGAAGAUGAGACAGCUAUUGUUGGUACUGUUAUGUAUCACCAAGAUAGAGAUGAACUUUUGGGGUUUUGUGGACCUAAAGACAACCACAAAUGCAUGGAGAAUAAUCACAUAAAAGUUGGCAACGACCGUGAUGCUUAUGACCGUUUGGUAAAUGCAUUUGACAAGAACAUUAUUGGUAAAUAUGCAAGAGUUAUAUUACUUAAUCCUUUGCAUGAAAAGAUUCCACAUUUAGUAGCAUUACUUAUGCCAACAUGCAACCGAUUCACUCAUCAUACUGUAUACCAUCAGUGGCAAAAGGUACAAAAUUUGUAUGAGCUACAUCUGGAACAUGAAUUAGGACCGCUUAUAGGUAAUAGUUCUGAUGGUGACAGCAGGCGAAGAAAACUGCAUUUACAACUCAUGACAUGUACCGCAGGAGACAGAUUCAGACCUAUUGGAAGACAUCUUGGUUUUAUAUUUUCAGCUAGGAAAGAAGUGGUUGAAAAUGGUUAUGUAAUAAGAGAAAUUGGAGAUCAAGACGUAAUACAUAACCAUAAGAAAAUCAUAAAUCACCUUGAUCAUACAUCAAGAAUGCUACAUAUUGGACCAGAUUUGCUUGUACAUAUGAACCAAAUCGAGCUGGUUAUGAGAUCAUUCCCUGUUUUAGUGCACGGGUUGACACGAGAUCAUGUACGGAGAGAUCGUGAUCGUCAAAACUGGAAAGUAGCACAGGAGUUAUCAUUUCAGAGGGUGCAAGAUUGUCUCAAUGAUCUAAUUAAUGGAAGUGACGACCGUGCUCCUAUUCCUUCAGUCAAAGGAACUAAGGCCUUUCUUUAUGUGGUACAUCAGUAUGUUGACAUUUUUUUCAGUCCGAAAGCUUCGCUUGCUGAACGUAUCUCUCUCGCAGGAUUUGUCACACAUUUUCUAGGAAUUUGGCGGAAUUAUGUUUACCUUAAUCAAGCACUUACUCUGACCUCCAAUUUUUUGUCCCGAGAAACAUAUUGCGACAUAUUAAUUUCAGUUCACUUUGCAGUAAUGCUUAUUUGCUUCUACAGAGAUAAUUUUCCAAACAGCCAAUGCUUACUCCAUCUAACAGGGUCAGAUUGUUGCGAAGACUUCUUUUCAAAGAAUGGCCAGUUUGUAGGCAACCAUCAUGUGUAUCCAUAUGGUCAAAUGUAUCGCAAUGUAAGCCAUAUGAUCCGACUAAGUCAGAUUGAAGCUGAUGAUAAUGCCCCAAAGUUUGCCAAAGCCCACAUUAAGCAGGAGAAUGUAUGGAAAAGUCAGUAUCCUGGAGGAGUAACAUGUUCCUUGAGAGACUACCCUGCUUUAGGCGAAGAAAUUUCUGCAUGGAAAAUUGGAAUACGUCGUGCCCGAGAUCUUGCAAAGGAACUUGAAAUAAUUCCACGUGACCUCAACAUAGAUUUAGGGUUUGAUGAUGACGACGGGGAUGAUGAUGAUGGGGAUGAUGACGACGAUACUGAUGACAAUUAUGGAUGGUUUUAUAAACCCUUUGAUAAUUGUAACCAUGAUAAACUGUUUAAAAAUCUAUCAGGGGAUACAUGUAACAACAACAAUCACGAUUCUGAUGAAUAUUGCGAUGACGACGAUUUGGAUCCAUGUAUUGCUACGGAUGAAACUCAGGAAAUACAUGAUAGUAGUGAUGAUAGUCAAGAUGAGAACUCUACAUAUACGCCAAUGAACAUUUUUGAACCAACAAGUUCAGAAUUCAUGGAAAUGCAUGAACGUAUAGAUGUAGCAAUCAACAAUUUUGAAGAACACUCUGACCAGAAUAGCGUUAAUAUUGAUGACAGCAUACCGAGCUCUUUACAGAAACGACAAAGAAUAGACGCAACACUUCUGGUUCCAGAACAUGGCAUCCAACAUAAGUCAACUCUUGUAAAACUUCUAAAUGAAGACCCAAAUUUAUCAAAAGACAGGUUAGUGCGUGUACGACAGGCUGCCUUACCAAAUAUGGCCAAAUCGGCACAAUUAGGAACAGACAACGGCAUUAAUCUUUUUGAGGACUUCGCCUAUGCGGAUAGGAAAGCAAAGACUUUUCAAAUUGGACGCAUCCAAAGGAUGCAAAGAACAAUUGUAGCUAAAAACAAAAGGCAGUUGGACUAUAAAGAUACGGUUUCUUUUUCGGCAGACUUUUUAAACGACUUACAAAUUACAUUUUCAAAGUACGAGAGGAUAAGUGAAGACACGUACAAGAUUAACAUAUUUGAAAUAGUCUCAAUAACAGCCUCUGAUAUCAUAUGCCAUGUCAAUUUAACAUUUCAAUCUGGUGUAUUAAUUCUUUCUGCAGAAGAAUUAUCUGUUAUUGAGCAAUCAGUCGAAAAGUUAAUGAACACAAACCAUGGUAAAACAAAAGAAGGUAGAGCUACAGGACAGAAGAGAUCAGUUUCACAUCAACAUGCAUUUGAGGACUUUGACGGGAGAUUUGCUGAAGUUGUUAUCCCGACACAUUCUGAAUCGGACAAUCGCCGAAGUUCAAGGAUACGGAAGCAAAUCCACUACAUUACAUAGGUGCAAAACCACCAAAGAGUUUUCUAUUACUUAUAAAUAAGAAGAUGUGGUAUGAGUGUCAAUGAGACAACUCUCCAUGCAAGUCACAAUGUAUGAAAAGUUAACAGUUAUAGGUCAAAGUACGGCCUUCAACACGGAACGUCUAUUACUGUUUGUUAAAUUAAAUUUUUCAAAAAAUUGUGCAGAAUUUGCUUAACUUUUCAACUGAUUGCUCAAUAACAGAUAGUUCUCCUGCAGAAAGAAUUAAUACACCAGAUUGAAAUCUGCAUUGGAUUUGCAGUUGUUUUUAGAUAAAUAAAUAAAUGUUUUUCCUUAAUAAAAUAAGUACUGUGCAGCCUUAAUAAAAUAAGUACUGUGCAGCAAAAAUUUCUUACUAGAUUUUAUUCCAUGAAACAAAUGUAUAUGAAAAUAAGCUUUGCCAGAUAUCAUUAUGCAAUUUUUCUAAUUUCAUUUUUAUGUUUACAAGCAUGUUUGUUUAUGGCAUCUGUUGUUGCAUUAAUAUAUUUACAGAAAAAUUUAAAUAAAAAUGCUGCUAUUAGAAAUAUUAAUUAUAAAUACUUGCCUCACCAUAGAGCAAAAAAAAUGCAUAAAAUACAGGUUUAUUUCCUCAAAACUGCGUGUUUUUGGCUCAUAAUUAUAACCAGCUGUGAAGUCAUAUUGUUUGUGCUAUUGCACCUUGAAAACAGUGUUUUUACUUGUUAUUGUUUGAAAAGUUUAAUGUUUCAUAUAAAUUAAAGUGUAUUGUAUAAUUGAAAAGUGUUUUUGAUGUAUAAUAAGAUUGUAUAUGCAUAUAGGUACUAUUUGAGCUGAUAAAUAUAUGAAUGGGUUAUGAUUUCGCUGUGAAAUAUAUGUAUGGGUAGGGAUUUCACAAUUAUUCAAUAUAUGAAUGGGGGGUGUUUUUAAAAUCCCAGCUGCACACCUGUACCCAAAAUCCCAUGUUGAGACCCCCCCGUG